GUUCUAGCUGUGAAAAAGAUAGACUCCAUGCUUCUUCAAAGUGCUGGCCCCGAUGAAUUCUCAGGAGUAAUUUCAAACAUCUCAAAAUUACGCCAUCCAAAUAUUGCAGAACUUGUUGGGUACUGUUCAGAGCAUGGUCAUAAUCUGCUAGUCUAUGAAUACUUUAGGAAUGGAUCACUUCAUGAGUUCCUACACUUGUCAGACGACUAUAGCAAGCCUCUUACAUGGAACACCCGAAUAAGGAUUGCUCUAGGCACAGCCCGUGCAGUGGAGUAUCUACAUGAGAUCUGUUCCCCAUCUUGCAUGCACAAGAACAUUAAGUCAGCCAACAUUUUGCUUGAUGCAGAACUCAAUCCCCGCCUCACAGACUCUGGUUUGGCAAACUUCCAUCAGCGCACAUCCCAAAAUCUUGGGAUUGGAUACAAUGCUCCAGAGUGCACAAAGCCGUCUGCAUUUACACUGAAGAGUGAUGUCUACAGCUUCGGAGUGGUCAUGUUGGAACUUUUGACGGGUCGGGUGCCUUAUGACUGUUCAAAACCAAGAAUGGAACAAUCCUUGGUUCGGUGGGCCACACCACAACUUCAUGACAUUGAUGCAUUGGCCAAGAUGGUGGACCCAGCACUGCAUGGGCUGUACCCUCCCAAGUCAUUAUCUCGAUUUGCUGAUGUCAUUGCUCUAUGUGUCCAGUCGGAGCCAGAAUUCCGGCCACCUAUGUCAGAGGUGGUUCAGGCACUUGUCCGGCUAGUUCAGCGUUCAAGUAUGACCAAGAGAGGAGACGAUGGAAAUGCUUCUCGACGGAUGGACGAUGAUUACUUCUGAUAUAGUAGUUUUUAUUUGGAUAGUAUACAUGUAAAGCACUUCAAAGGAAAAGAGUCACACCUUUUUUAUCAUUAUUUUUUUCCAUUUUGAUCUGCUGUCCUCGUCAUUUGUUAGUAUAGGUGCUUCAAUGGCUUAUAACAAAAAAUUAGAUCCAUUGUUGGUUGAAAAUGACCUUUAAAUUUAUUCCAUUGAUAGUUAUUCAAUCCAACUCAA